AUGUUGGCUGCACCCCUCGACCCUGCCUUCACUCCACUCCUCUCCGCCCCUCUCCACCCCUCGACCAUGCCUCCACUCCUCUCCGCCCCUCUCCAUCCACCCCUCUCUGCCCCUUGUGCUCCUCUCCAUGGCAGGUGUUUGCAAACCCCGCGGCAGCUGACAGACCAGGUGCCGACGACGAGUGGUGCCAACAACCAGAACUUCCCCUUGCUGGGACUCAACGCCAUCACACAGGUCACACUCACUGUGCCAGUAUCCCAUGUGCUGUGUCAUCAUCCCAUGUGCAGUGCCAGUAUCCCAUGUGCUGUGUCAUCAUCCCAUGCGCCCAGCUGUCAUCCCAUCCGCCCUUACCUUCCCACGGCAGCCGAUUGGCUCAUCACCAGUGGGAGCGGGCAAGACUUGCAUCCAGUCACAACGAUUGACGAGCUCAUGUAG